AUGACAGCAGAAAUACUAAUUGAUAUUUCCACUCCACCUUCAUUAUCAUUUCAGUUUGGAGCAGCAUGGGCAUGUUUUUGCUUAUUAGGUGUUGGAUUGUUAUUCCCAUUCAACUGUUAUAUUGCAGCAUCAACGUAUUUUAAUGAUCUCUAUCCCAAUGUUCCAUAUACCUUUUUAAUGUCGAUGGCAUACAACUUUUUCUCAUGGAUUCUGUUGUUUGUCUCGUCCAAGAUUAUGCCCAAGUUUUCGUUCCGUGUACGUAUCAAUGCCUUUUUGUUGAUGGGUGCCGCUAUUCUUUUCCUCAUCCCAUUCAUCUCCAAGAUGAUCCCCGAUCGUACCGCUUCGAUGGUCGUCUCUCUCAUUCUUACCUUUUUGUCUGGUUCCAUUUCAUCGCUUCUCUUUGGUACCGUUAUGGGUUUGACUGCUCUCUUCCCAUUUGAGUACACUGGUGCCGUUAUGAGUGGUUGUGGUGUUGCCGGUAUCAUCGCAUCGGUCCUCCGUAUCAUCACCUACGUCUCGAUGCCUGCCAGCGCACUCACAGCAUCUUCAUACCUCUACUUUUUCUUGGCCGGUGGUCUAUUGAUCAUCUGCUUCCUCGGUUUUAUCGUAUUGCUCAACUUGCCAAUCACUCGUCACUACUUGGCCGUUCAAUCAAAGAACAACGAGAAUUCAAUCAACAACUCGUCGUCUGGUGGUUCCACUCCACAAGUCGACAUGAAACAGUUGUUGCGCAAGGUUUGGAGAGAGGCAUUUGUCGUCUUUACCGUCUUUUUCACCACUCUCUCCCUUUUCCCCGGUAUCACUGGUCUCGUCGAAAACAUCAACUCUGGUCUAUCAAGCGACUGGUUUGGCAUCCUUUUCACUCUCACAUUCAUGGUCGGUGAUUUAAUCGGCCGUACCGCUCCCAAGUGGUUCAUCAUCUUUACGCCAAACAACCUUUGGAUGCCAACCGUUGCUCGUCUCGUAUUCUUUGUUCUCUUUGCUCUUUGCGUCAAACCAUUGGUUUUCAAGAGCAUUGCUUUCUACUUUGUAUUUAUGUUUUUAUUCUCUCUUUCAAAUGGUUAUUUAGGAACUUUGGCAAUGAUGUUUGGUCCAACCAAGGCAUCUGAACAUGAAAAGGAAGUAACUGGUAUUAUUAUGUCUUUCUUCCUUAAUUUUGGUAUUUGGGUUGCCACUUGGUUCUCACUUUUACUUUUGUUCCUCAUUACUGGUAACAAGGAUAUCUUUGGUUAA